AUGGAGGAAAGGGAUAACAAUCGUGACUAUUUUAAUGCAAAACCAAGUGGUUCAAAUUCAGCCCAUGCCCCUAUAUCUCCCAAUACUCAUAGUCGUAGAACCGAUUCAGAAUCAAUAGACAUCCCAUUAGAUCCAUUCGAGAACAUAGUUGUUAACUCAUAUAGUCAUAAAGCAACUUUAAUUCCUCCUUAUGUUCUAGAUUCGAUUUCUAAAGCAUAUCAUCAUGAUUAUAUACCACAGCCUUCACAGACAAAUAUUUCCGAUCAAGCAACUACAACUACAAGAACUUUAGCAGGAGAAACAGAUACUGAAAAGGGAACAGAACAUAUAUAUAGUGGAAGAGCACAUGAUCCUUAUCUAAGGGCAAUUGAUAGCGAUUGGUGGAAAUUUAAAGAAUCCAUUGCACAUCAACCCUGCUUUUAUUCCUGGCAGAGUUAUACGAGACCCUGA